AUCAUGGGAGAGGUAGAUCCAGCUUUUGUUCAAGAUCAACAACACAGACCAAAACUAUCCAUCAUUGAAGCCCAAGCAAUUCCCGAAAUUGACCUCUCCCCAAUAUUCCAUCACGAGGUUCCAAAUCCAUCAGCUAUUGAUUCCUUAGUGAAGGAGAUUGGAAGUGCAUGUGAAGAGUUGGGAUUCUUUCAAGUCACAAACCAUGGUGUCCCUCCGAGUCUUACGCGGAAACUUGAUGAAGCUUCUAGAUUGUUCUUUGCUCAGAGUUUGGAGGAGAAGAAGAAAGUUGCAAGAGACGAUUACAAUCCAUCUGGUUUUUAUGACACAGAACAUACCAAAAAUGUUCGGGACUGGAAAGAAGUGUUUGAUUUUUUUUCACAUGACCCUACUUUGAUUCCUCUUACUUAUGAUGAACACGAUGAUCGAGUUACUCAAUGGACCAAUCAAUCUUCUCAAUAUCCUCCAAACUUCAGGGCUAUAAUUGAAGAGUAUAUUCAAGAAAUGGAAAAGCUGGCCUAUAAGUUACUUGAGUUAAUAGCUUUAAGCUUAGGACUUGAAGCAAAGAGAUUUGAAGAAUUCUUCAAAGAUCAAGCUAGCUUUAUCAGAUUCAACCAUUCUCCUUCGUGCCCUUAUCCUCACCUUGCUCUUGGACUUGGACGACACAAAGAUGCUGGUGCUUUAACCGUUCUUGCUCAAGGUGAAGUUGGAGGUCUUGAAGUGAAGCGAAAGUCAGAUCAAGAAUGGGUUCUUGUGAAACCUACUCCCGGUGCUUAUAUCAUCAAUGUUGGUGAUAUCAUUCAGGUGUGGAGCAAUGAUGCAUAUGAGAGUGUGGAACACAGAGUGACGGUUAACUCUGAGAGAGAAAGGUUUUCAACGCCCUUCUUUUUCUUCCCUACACAUUACACUCAAGUCAAGCCUUUGGAAGAGCUGAUAAAUGAGGAAAACCCUACAAAAUAUAGGCCUUACAACUUGGGAAAGUUUCUCGUUACCAGAAAGGAUAGCAAUUUUCAGAAGCAAAAAGUGGACAACAUUCAAAUUCAUCACUUUAAGAUAGUGCCAUAG